AUGAACGUCCUUGUGUAUGCGGGACCCGAAGUUGUCCAGACCUCGCUUGAUAACACCCUUAAAACCUUGCGUUCCAUUCUGCUCCCCUUCUACUCUGUGCAGUCCAUCUCACAAAAGGCUUUAAUUUCUCAGCCCUGGCAAAAAGGAUGCGCUCUGCUUGCUUUUCCUGGAUGUCGCGACAUGUUUCUGUCCAAAGCCUCACCAGAAAUUGAACGAUAUGUCCAGAACGGCGGCUCUUUUCUCGCAUUUGGCACGGGCUCGCAUUACUCUUCACGGGGUCUGGAUCAAGGCAUCCUCAAUGUCGCGUCAGGCAGUCUCUCAAAAGACAUGCUGCUCCGAUUUUUCGAUAAAGGCUCGGGCAAUACGCUUUACCCGAGCUUCCAACAGGGUUCAAAUAGUGCCGCUGCUCGCGCUGUCUCCAUUAAACCCACCGCAAUCGCCGACCGAGUUGAUGGGCUUUGGCAACAUGCGCCAUGCGAGUUUGUCGGCACGGACUCUGACCAGGGAAACGUGCAUGUUCUCGCGCACUACGACGAGGGAAGUCGAGUCGCUGGUGCCCUUUAUAAACUCGGGAAUGGCAAAACAAUUUUAUGGGGCCCAUCACCAGAGUAUUCGUUGACCGAGGAGCCUUUGGCGUCGAUAUCGAGCCUUUCUCCCGCAGAAAUCGAUAUUGCGGAAACAAAACGUCUAGCAAUGGUGCGCGAUACGCUCGUACUCUUAGGCCUACAACUACCCGAGUCUACGACCACGAUUCCACAACCACUACCCCAAUUCUUGGUCUCCCAUUUUAUGAAACCACAACUCGUCUCCCUUGUUACAGAUGCUCUUUCUGUCAGCCAUAAGUCUGGCGCCUUUGACGAUGUGAACGAUCAAUUUCAGUUCCAUAGUUUUGGGGACAGCGAGGCUUUGCUCAAGACAGCACGAACCACCGCUAUUCCUCCGCAACCAAAGCACAUAAUUGUGUGUGCCGACGGACAAAUUCCUCCACAGGAGCAGACGCCGUUGUUCGACUUGACGCUUUUCUUCAACGCGUUGUCGGCAGCGCGAAAAAGACUGGGCGUCGCGGAUGACCAAUGCGGCUUUGGAGACGUCAUCCUCUAUGGCGAAGUCGUGACCAGCACACAAACCAUGCUCGACAAGAAUCCGAGAUUUAUGGGCUUGCUGCCAACACCGCUGCUUUCCCUGGCCUCACAGCAGCUUGCCGGUCGAGGGCGCGGCGCAAAUGUCUGGCUUUCACCCGCUGGGUGCCUCCAAUUUUCGCUACUGCUGAGACUGUCCCUGGCGACUUUCCCGGCAGCCAAGCUCGUAUUCGUGCAAUAUCUGUUUGCACUUGCCGUGGUUGAAGCAUGUCGGGACGAGGCUGUUUUAGGCAGUGAUGGUUCAGCGGUCCGACUGAAGUGGCCGAACGACAUCUACGCGGUUGGUAGAGACGGAGAGCCAAAGAAGAUUGGUGGUAUUCUCAUUGGGACAAAUUUCUCAUCUGGGAAAGUGGACAUAAUCAUUGGUUCUGGACUCAACGUGCUCAAUCCACCGCCAAUUAUGUCCCUUUCGCAACUGUCAGAGGACGAGAGAGCGCUAAGCAUGGAGCGCACCGCCGCAGCUAUUCUCGUCAAAUUUGAGCGCAUGUGGUCUGCCUUUGUGCAAGGCAAAGGCUCCUUUGAGCCAUUCAUGGACUUGUAUGUGGACCGAUGGCUGCAUUCCGACCAACUGGUUACACUUACGACCACGAAACCUCACCAACAAGUCCGUAUUUUGGGUAUAACGCCGGAGCAUGGUCUGUUGAGGACGGUUCCGGAGACUGGCUGGUCGUCACAAGCGGGGUUUAUCGACUUGCAGCCCGAUGGGAAUAGCUUUGACCUUAUGGCGGGUUUGAUUAAGGCCAAGUAG